AAUCGGCUCUGUCUGUUUCUGUGUGUCUGUGUCUUCUCUAUUCGAUCGAAUUUUUCAAAUUUUUGUUUAGUGCUUUCGCUAUGGUAUAAUAAUAGUACUAAUUUUAUGUUUUAAGGAAUAUUUGAUUUCCCCGCAAAGUUAUGCCCAUCAAUGGAGUUGUGUGUCGGUUGUUGUGGGUCAUAUUGUCCAACCAUGGUACAAAUCUGACCGACAAGUAUUUGGUUAGAAAUAGGAAACAAUGAUUUAUUAAUUCAUAUUUAAUUGCUGGUAGCAUAAAUUGAUAACAAAUUGUAUAAAAUAUAUACAAUGAUCAUGGCUGAUACACAAGUAGCGAAUAUAGUCAAUGAAAUUUUGCGAGUGGAAGCGGUGGAAGAAGCUUUCAGCUGUUUCCUAGUGUACAAACCUGAACAGGAAAAUGAGAGGUUAUCUAUCUAUCAAAAGAAGCUUUGCGCUGUUAUGACCACCCUGAGUGCUGACUUUCAAGAGUCAGCCAUCCGGCAGUACCUGACACUGACUGCUGUUCUCACUAACAGAUACAAAAUGAAGCAAUUGUUGAUGCUCAUGGAGAAUUUGGUAAACACUAACAUUCUCCAAGCCAGAAUGCUGUGCGACUGUAUCUUGACCAGUGAGAAGCUUGUAUAUCAGAAUGCUGAUUAUUGGGUGGAGUGCUUUAACUUAAUUAGAAGAAUUAUAGGAGGUGUAGACUACAAAGGUGUCAGAGAAAUCAUGAAGGGUUGCCGAGAAAAAGCUCACACACUGCCUGUGCGACUUAAUUCAAGCACAAUGCCUCAAUUGAAAGCACUUUACAAUGUUAUUGAGUAUAUAUUUGAUCGAAAUGCUUCUCUACUGCCAGCUUACUUUAUAGUGACCGAAAUCCAAAAAGACUAUCCUGAUAAUAAUCAUUGGCCACAUUGGCAAUUGGCAAAACUAUUGACUAGUUUUGUAGAAAGUUUCAAGCCAUGUGCGCAAAUGGUUUCCAUAAUUGGACAUUCACAUAUGCUGCCAGUUGUUGAAUUUUCUGGUUAUGCAGAUCACCUUGUUAAUCCAUGGCGACUAGACCCUACCACAUUGAAAUUUUCAUUAAAAGGGAACUUGCCUUAUGAUGAUGAACUUCUGAAGCCACAGAUAGCUCUUCUUAGACAUGUGUUACAGCAACCUUAUUCAAGAGAUAUGAUGUGCUCCAUGUUGGGUCUUCAAAAACAACAUAAGCAACGAUGCAUAGCAUUAGAAGACCAACUAGUUGAAUUGAUGAUACUCCCUAUGGAAAGGAGUGAACAAGAAAAUGAAGAUGAUGAAAUGUCCUCUUCUCACUGGAGUUGGUUACAUUUGUCAUCCCAAGUGAUAUACUUGAUUUUGAUAGGCUUUGCAUCUUUCCCCAACAUUGUAAUGGGCCUUCACAAUAAACUAAUUGGACGAGAUAUGAAGAAAGGUAGAGAUCACUUGAUGUGGGUUCUUCUUCAAUUCAUUUCUGGAAGUAUACAAAGAAAUCCACUUUCAAACUUUUUGCCUAUAAUCAAACUUCAUGAACUUCUAUAUCCUGAAAAGGAUCCUUUGCCAGUGCCUGAUUGUACAAGAGCUCAUUGCACACAUCAAAUGGCUGUGGUCUGUAUUUGGAUGCAUCUGUUGAAAAAGGCUGAGACUGAACAUAAAACAAUGACAAUGCCUCAAAAUUUAAAAGUUCAGUAUGAGUUUCUACAACAUCUUGUAAGCUCCAAUAACACGCCGACUCUUAUGGGUUCUGACUACAGAAUAGCACUGUUAUGUAAUGCGUAUUCCACUAACCAAGAAUACUUUGCGAGGCCUAUGGGCAUAAUUAUAGAGACCUUAUUUGGAAGUCAGAAAGCUAUGCCCAAUGGAAAUCCCACAACACCAUUGCCGACUGUCCCUCUGUCGAUGUGUAUUUUGGACAGUCUCACACUGCAUUGUAAGAUGUCAUUGAUACAUUCUAUCGUGACGCACGUGGCGAAGUUAGCGCAGAACAAGACUAACAUCCCUGGGAGCAGUAUGAUGGCUCCAGCUCUUGUCGAGACUUACAGUCGAUUGUUGGUUUAUACUGAGAUAGAAUCUUUAGGGAUAAAGGGAUUUAUAACCCAGCUGUUGCCGAAUGUGUUCAAGUCUCACGCGUGGGGCAUUCUGCACAACCUACUGGACAUGUUCUCAUACCGCAUCCACCACAUUCAGCCUCAUUAUCGUGUCACCUUGCUGUCCAACAUACACUCGCUAGCUGCUUACCCGCAAGCCAACCAGACUCAGUUGCAACUGUGUUUCGAAAGCACCGCGCUGCGGCUGAUCACAAGCCUGGGUAGUUCUGGGGUCCAGCUGCAGAUGUCUCGUGUGGUAUCCGAGCCCAAAUCUCUGGUCUCCACAGAGAGUGAGGAGCUCAACCGAGUUCUCGUACUCACUCUCGCACGCGGGAUUUACAUGACUGGAGCUGGUAGCGACGGCGCAGCGGUGAAGGAGUUGUUGACGACGAUAGUCACGAACACGCCACACAUGUGGUCGCAGCACACCCUGCAGUGCUUCCCGCCCGUGCUGGUCGAGUUCUUCGCACAGAAUCCAGCACCUAAAGAAAAUAAGCAAUUGUUAAAGAAAUCAGUCGAAGAGGAAUAUCGCAAGUGGACGUCGAUGGCGAAUGACAACGACAUCAUAUCGCACUUCUCCGUGCCCGGCACACCACCUCUGUUCCUUUGCCUGCUCUGGAAAAUGAUCUUCGAGACCAACCGGAUUAAUCCUAUUGCAUUCAAGAUACUGGAGCGCAUUGGUGCGCGUGCAUUAUCUGCGCACCUGCGCAAGUUUUGCGAUUAUUUGAUGUACGAGGUGACCAACCCAGCGGGCGGCCCGCACAUCAACAAGUGCGUCGACGCCAUCAACGACAUUAUCUGGAAGUACAACAUCGUCACCAUAGACAGACUUGUCUUGUGCUUGGUGUUGCGUCCAAACCCCGACGGGAAUGAGAGUCAAGUUUGUCUCUACAUCAUCCAACUAUUGUUGCUGAAGGGCUCCGAAUUGAGGAACCGAGCUCAAGACUUCGUGAAGGAAAAUUCCCCUGAACACUGGAAGCAGAACAAUUGGUACGAAAAACACUUGGCGUUCCACAGAAAGUACCCUGAAAAGUUUGCACCGGAGGAAGCUAACACCGCUUAUGGUGGCACUAUUCCAGUGUAUCUUAGCAACGUUUGUCUCCGCUUUAUCCCGGUUCUAGAUAUCGUGGUGCAUAGACACCUUGAAAUACCACAAGUCAGCAAGAAUCUCGAGCAGUUACUAGAGCACCUCGGCUACUUGUACAAGUUCCAUGAUCGUCCAGUGACCUUCUUGUAUAACACACUGCACUAUUACGAAACCAAGUUGCGCAACAAUCCUCUUUUGAAGCGGAAGUUGGUGAACGCUGUAUUAGGCUCGCUCAAGGACGUGCGGCCUCUGGGGUGGGCCACAACAGACGCCUUCCAGGCGUACCUCACCAAGACCGAUGUCGAGGCCACAACUUGGGCACCUGACCUCAAUUACUACCUAAGCCUCGUCAACAGGAUGGUUGACACAAUGAUGGGCAACUCUCACUUCCCAAACACGGAUUGGCGAUUCAAUGAGUAUCCCAAUCCGUCGGCACAUUCACUGUACGUGACCUGUGUGGAACUGAUGUCACUGCCGCUGGCUCCCAACUUUGUUGGCAACAGCCUCCUCGACGUGGUCACAAAGGGCUUCGUAGUGAUACCAGCGACCAAAAUCCAGCUCUGGAUAAAUGCCAUUGGCCUUAUUAUGGCUGCAUUGCCCGAUCCUUAUUGGACGGUGUUGCACGAUAGGAUAUUUGAUUUGGUAACGGAUAACGAGACGACAGAGUGGCCGUAUCCUCACACCCCCUUCCAACUGUUCAACCUGACUACGACGAACGACGCGAUGCUGGAGAACAAAUACAGUUUGACGUUGGCGCUGGCGCACUCUAUAUGGUACCAUGCAGGCGCGGGUCAGAUUAUGCAGGUGCCUCAGUUUGUGAAGGAGAGGUUGGCACCUGAGAUCCGUACGGAGACGCAACUUCUGUUCCUGUGCCACCUGGUCGGGCCGUUCCUGCAGAGGUUCAACUCGGACCUCUCCCGGGCCGUCAUGGACAUUACAAUCACCCUAUACGAGCUCCUCGCCCACAUCGACAAGGCGCAACAACAUCUCCACUACAUCGAUCCUAUAUGCGAUCUACUGUAUCACAUAAAGUACAUGUUCGUCGGCGACACGAUGAAGAAUGAAGUGGAGAGCGUAAUCCGUAAGCUGAGGCCGGCUCUGCAGAUGCGUUUGCGUUUCAUCACGCACUUGAACGUGGAGCAGAUUAACACCGCCUAGCAACACGACUACUACAGCUACACGCCCUCUAGCUCGAGUUCCAGCUCCGAGUGAGGGCGCGGCUGUAGUCACCCCGCUACCCACGACCCGCGGCACCUCGCCGCCGCCGCUCGUUACCACCAAAAACAACACUCACCUUUACCGAAAAAUGGAGCAGUAGGUUAUCUUCAUUUAGAUCGCUUGUACUAUUCCAAUGGUCGAACUGUCUCACCAUGAGAUUUAUAGAUAAUUAUGACAAACGCAUUCAUACAUGCAUACUUUGGAGGAAAAUGUCCUCCUUUUCUUCUUAUUAUAACUUCACACACGCACUAUCAGGACAGAACAACAUGAUUUUUUAAACUACUUACGCAUAAUCUCACUUUUAGUAUGUAAAAACAAAGUAGGUGUAGGAGUAGACAUUGGGAUAAAGUGAGGUUAUUAAAAUGUUAACAGUACAUAAAUUACUCUUCGUUGCCCUUAAGCAUGGUCACUGUAAUGAUUUUAUUUGUUGUGUAGGUAUGCUAGGGCCUGGAACACGAUAAAUAGUGGCAUAGUAAUGCCAUUAUCGCGUACCACAAACACACUUUUAAUUCGUAUUUUACAUAAUUACAAGAGUAAAAAACACAUUUGAACUCACUAAUCAUUUGCCACUUUUGAGUAAUACAAGAUAACAUAAUACACUGUUAUAAAAACAAUUUAAAUCCCGUCAAACAAUACUUCUCAUAUUUUAAUACCGGGUCCCUUUAGUUGUGUCGGCUCUUAGCUUAUUUUAGUUACAAUGACAAUCGACAAAGUCGUACAUCUACGAUGUAAAGUAAUAAUUAAUAACAAUAUUUUAUAAUUUGUUGAACUUAUGUGCCGUUUAAAAUAUUUUAUUAGUAUGUAAUGUACCUACUGCAUCUAAUUAUUAAAAGAUUUAAUGACAUCACGAAUUCAUCACAGAAAAACAUCCACUGUUUUUAAAAAUGUACUUUUUUGCAUAACAGUGCUAGUCUCGCCUAUUAGUUAUACUUGUUAUUAUGUAUUGAUUGACUUACAUUCGACCCGUCUUAACAAAUAUAGGUUACUAUUGACCAGGGAUGUUAUGGAUAUGGAGUUACGGUUUCGGAUACCGAUUUUGAAAUAUGUUUUGCUGGUUUCGGAUACAGAUAGUUUCGGUUACGGAUAUUAGAAUAUUAAGUGAUUAUAUAAAUAAGUAAUAUACAAAUAGGUAAAUAAUUUGACUUCAUUUAUGAGUCAUAAAUGUAAAAUUUUACUGUAAGUAAUCUCACAAUGACUGACUAGUUACGAAGCAAUAGAAAAAUAAAUAAAGCGGUUCCGUUGGGCGGAAACAAAAACCUGUCGUAAUAUGUCUCAUUUAGAUUUCGCCCGUAUCCGAAAUCUGUAUAAAUAAAAAUAAAUAUCGGUUACGAAUAGCUUUUUAUUUUGGAUAUCCUAUAGUUUCGGUUACGGAGCUCCAUAAUAUCCCUGCUGUAGACACGUUAAUUACAAUAAUAUAGGCACAAUAUUACAGUCACGUUAGUUACGUUAUCGCGACAUAUUGCAGUUGGUAGCUUACCGAAAGAAGUAGCAAAGUCAAACUUAUUUAUAGUAUUGUUAAAGUAACUUUGUAUCCUAUCAAUCCGUUGUGACAGUUUUAAUGCUUAUUCUCACAUACAGACAUAUCAUAAAUCUUUUUGGGAAUGAGGA